AAAACACACUAUAAAAACUCCAUCACUAGUUUCCCCCCUCUCCUGUGCCUUUAUAGCCCACCACUGAUCUUGUGAUCUCAAUUAAACAAAUUUAAUUAUCACUCCAGAUUAUCUUCUAGAGUUCCAGUGUUUUUUUUUUUCUCUCUUUAAUUGAUUCCUAAGUUGUAUAGCAAUUAGGAUUUGGAGAGGCUAAUAGAGAUAUAGAUAUAGAUAUGAGGAUGACAUCCAAAUCGAACAAGCAGUACUCAUUCCAAGUGGUGACGUGGCUCAUGGUGUUCAUUUUUCUGGUAACGUGCAAAUGUUGUUCAGCAGUCAGACCGAUUAAUGGCGCCGGCGCUUCAUCAUCAUCAGUACUGGCGCCGGAGAAAUCGAUAGCUGAGCCUUUGUACGGUGGUGAGGAGAAGGCGUCGCAUCAUCACGGGAACAACAACGACAACAAGGAGAAGACAACUCUGACGAUAGAAAAGGCGGGGAAGAAGCUGCGGGGAGGGAGACUGGGACCUUUGUAUUUGAACGCGCUCCCCAAAGGGCCAACUCCGCCGUCUGGCCCCAGCAACCGCAUCAACGCCGUGCCCACCCCCGAGAAGAAAUAUUAAGCUGAAGGAUCAUAUAAUUUAAAGUGUGGUAGUAAGUAGUAACUAGUAGGGAUUAGGGAUGUGCAAAUUGCAAUGCAGCUGGUACAUUAUUUUGCCAUUAUUACUAUGCAUCUCGAUGAUCCCCAUGCUAAUUCGCGGAGAAUAUGAUCAUUUUUGUCAACCGUAGCGGAUAUAUUCGAAUUGCUUGCUCUGAUGUUCAAUCGUGUUUGAUUUAGUUAUUCGUUAUGGUUUCCAUCCAUCCUUAAGCUUUUCGAUUUCAUUCAUAAUCUGAUCAUGAGCAGCUAGUAUAUAUAUAUGGCGAUCGUCAAUGGUUCUCCAC